UCUUCUCAAAUAAUUAACAUUUUUGUCCUCAUUUGGGAAAUACUUUCAUUUUAGGGUAUAUAUUUCUACUUCUCCUACUUGCUGCAGCUCCAAUAUUCAUUUCUUCUCUUUCUAGCUAAGCUUUGUUGGAACACAAUAACCAAAUAGCUUCCUCAAUUUUCUCUUACAAGGAUAUAUAUGCUUGAAGUUAGCACAAUAUUUAUAUGUAAAGUAUAAUUGAAGGUGAAAAGGAUUUCAUAAAAACUAGAUGAUGGCAAGUUCAAGAGAAGGAAAUUAUCAAGCAAAGCAAGAAGGAGGUGAUACUAGUAUGGAAAAUAUUGAAAAAAUUUCAAAGGCACCUUCAAGUACAUCAAGACAAUGGUCAACAUCAAGUUUAAGAAAUCCAAGAAUUGUGAGAGUAUCAAGAACAUUUGGAGGCAAAGAUAGGCAUAGCAAAGUUUGUACAAUAAGAGGGUUAAGAGAUAGAAGGAUAAGGCUUUCAGUUCCAACAGCAAUUCAAUUAUAUGAUCUUCAAGAUAAACUUGGUUUAGGACAACCAAGUAAAGUAAUUGAUUGGUUACUUGAAGCAACAAAAUUAGACAUUGAUAAACUCCCUCCACUUCAAUUUCCUCAAAGCUUUUCACAAUUUCAUCCUCUUCAUUCACAAACCCUACUUCCUUUUCAUGAUCAAUCAAGUAAUAUUGCUUCUCAUGAACUUUCUCUUGGUCCUUUAUAUGAUCCUAAUUCCACAUUUGUUGGAAUUCAAAAUCUUAUGGCAAGGUCAAAAUUUUGGGACAUAGAUUCAAGGACUAAAGGUAAAGAAGUUGAAAGAGAGUACUUUAGUGAAAAGGAUAAGUGGAUCAAAACAAAUGAGGAAGAAAAUCAAGUUGGAGAAGCUAGUUACAAUAAUUUUCAUCAAGUUUCAACUCAAAAGCUUUUCCCUAUGGAGACUCAUUCUAAUUUUCUUAACAAUGCUAUGUCAUAUAACAACUACCAUUCAGAAGCUUCUAGUUUGUCUUUAUCUCAAUUUGGAAGUAGUAAUGGAUUGUUCCAAUCUCAUCAUCAACAAGUAGAUCCAAAUCAAAGUAAUGGAAAUGGUUUACACUUCCCAUUUCCUUUUGCAAAUUCACAAUUAUUGUUUGGUCCUUCUUCUUCUUCUACUACACCAUCAUCAUCACAUUUGAGUAGUACUCCUUUUAUGAACAAUCCAGUUGAAAAUGAUCCAAGAAUACAAUUCAACCAUUUUCAGUUCAUAAACUCAAGCUCUUCACAAACUAUGCCUCAUCCUCUCAUUCCAUCUUUUCAUCACUCAUUCAAUUCACCUCCGGUUAGACCUUUUCCGAUACCAUUUAGCUCCAAGCUUCUUGAUUCUAAUAACAAUAACAAUAGUAACCAACUGGAUGAUAAUAGUGCUCCUCGUUCUUGA